AUGCCUCCCCACAAUGUCCGCUCGGUGGAGUCCGCAGAGCAUCAAAGCUCGUUCAGCCGGUCAUUCACAUCCAGCUCGCCCAUCGCCGCGUCGGCGAUCGCUCGAGACCUCGCCGACUUUGCUGACGAAGACCCGAAUCCCACGGAUGGAGGCUCCGAGUCCUCAACAGUUCGCCUGGCCAGCAGUUAUGCGAGCAACCCCCAUUCACUGGCAGGCUCUUAUCGUCGCCCGGGGUAUUUCACCACGGUCAGCCAUGCGACUGUGGUCCCAGCAACUGGCGAACCGCAGCCAAUUACGCAGGGUGAGCGCGAGCAAGCCAUCGAAGAGGAACGGUAUCUGCUCAGUGAUAAUCGUGUUAUCUCCGCCGAACACGCCCAUGCAAAACCUCACGGUUUGCAGCAUAAGCUGAGCGGGAUUCUCCCGGCCUCGUCUAAGCAGAGUCCUUCAAAUCAACCUGGCUCUCCUCCAGUCUCUGGGGGUAGGGAUGCAGAGGCCGACUCCGCAACGGAGACUACAGCUCUACUGGGGCCGUCCGGUAACCGUGAAAUGAGCCUAGACGAGAUUGACCGAAAAUGGGAAGAGGCUGUUACUGCUGGCCUCAUCCACACGACGUGGAAACGAGAGGCCAAGGUCAUUGGGAAAUACUCGCUUCCGUUGAUGGUCACUUUCCUGCUGCAGUAUUCCUUGACCGUGGCCAGUAUCUUCACUAUUGGGCAUCUGGGCAAGGAAGAGCUUGGUGCAGUCAGUCUGGCCAGUAUGACGGUCAGCAUCACGGGAAAUGCGGUUUAUUCGGGCUUGGCCACGAGCUUAGAUACUCUGUGCGCCCAGGCAUAUGGCUCAGGGAAGAGGAAACUGGUGGGUCUGCAGAUGCUGCGGAUGGUCUGGUUCCUUUGGCUCGUAACCAUCCCAAUCGCGGUGCUUUGGUACUUCUCGGAGCAUAUCCUCACCAAGAUUGUGCCGGAAACAGAGGUGGCCGCUAUGGCGGGCCUGUACUUGAAGAUCGCCUUGCUAGGCGCUCCUGGGUAUGCCUGCUUCGAGAGUGGCAAGCGAUACCUGCAGGCCCAGGGUGUAUUUUCGGCCUCUCUAUAUGUGCUUAUUGUAUGCGCGCCGCUUAACGCGUUUCUGAAUUGGUUUUUUGUUUGGAAAUUACAAUGGGGAUUUAUUGGUGCUCCUAUCGCGGUGGCAAUCACCGAAAAUCUUCUCCCGCUCUGUUUGUUCGUCUACGUCUAUUUUGCCGUGGGCUCCGAGUGCUGGUGUGGCUUUACCAAGCGAGCGUUCCAAAAUUGGGGCCCCAUGAUUCGUCUCGCGCUCCCAGGUCUGAUCAUGGUCGAGGCCGAGUGUCUCGCAUUUGAGGUGUUGACGCUUGCAUCGAGUUACCUCGGCACAUCCGAACUCGCCGCCCAGUCUAUUCUGGCAACAAUUUCCAGCAUUACAUGGCAAAUCCCAUUCCCGCUCUCCAUUGCCGGCAGUACUCGGGUUGCGAAUUUGAUUGGGGCGACGCUGGUUGGCGCCGCGAAGACUUCGGCCAAGGUGAGCUUCUGUGGGGCGGUGAUUGUCGGCUUGCUCAACAUGCUCCUGCUGUCGACAUUGCGGUCAUACAUCCCAAUGCUAUUCAGCUCCGACCCCGAAGUCAUCGAUAUCGUCGCCCAGGUACUUCCCCUUUGCGCCGCGUUCCAACUGUUCGACGCCCUGGCCGCGAACUGCAAUGGCAUUCUGCGCGGGCUGGGUCGCCAGGAAGUCGGCGGUUAUAUCCAACUGUUCUGCUACUAUGUCGUUGCUAUGCCCAUCAGCAUGGGCACCACGUUCAGCUUGGGUUGGGGGGUCAUGGGGUUGUGGGUCGGUGUCGCCAUAGCGCUGGGACUGGUUUCUCUCAUCGAGGGCCUUUUCAUCAGCCGGGCCAACUGGGAUCGCUCCGUUGAGGAGGCUCUGCAGAGGAAUGAACUGACUUGA